UGAAAAGCCGCACGUUCCCUUUUUUUCUGCGGCACCAAAACGGAAGCACUUCAUUGGUCCGCGAGGCCAAGAUCAAGACCAGCGCCGACAGAAGAAACGAGAUGGCUCACAGGCUGCUGCUACGAAGACUCUGGACACUGUCUGUGAACGAUAUCCGCUGCCUCCCCACAUCCACUGCCUCCGUCGCUUCCUCUUGUUAUUCCACAUCCCUUCAGUCCACUACAACCCGGGUCUUCUUCCUCUCCCCGUCACGAAGUCUGCCUCGCACCCUGCCUCACACCUCCCGCCGAGAAGUCUCCUUCAAUGUGCAGGACAGCGAGGACUUUACAGAGAGGGUCAUCAACAGCGAACUGCCCGUGCUAGUGGACUUUCAUGCACAGUGGUGUGGCCCCUGUAAGAUCCUCGGACCAAGGUUGGAGAAAGCUGUUGCAAAACAGAAAGGCCGCGUUGCCAUGGCAAAAGUUGACAUAGAUGACCACACAGAUUUGGCCAUUGAAUAUGGGGUCUCUGCUGUUCCCACAGUCAUCGCCAUGCGGGGAGGUGACGUCGUCGAUCACUUUGUGGGAUCAAAGAUGAUGAUGAGCUGGACUCAUUUGUCAGCAAAGUCAUUGGACAAUGAAAUCCACCUGUCCUCACCCAGCCAUACCCCCACCAUCGUCGUUCUCAUGCUGUUCUCUCUGAUUCUGGCACGGCCGGCGAGCCCUGGGCUGCCAUUUUGAGCCUGUUUAGCAAUCACUAUUAAGUAAACAAAACCUAACCACAAUUACAGCUGGCAGACUCUCAAAUGCUCACACCCAUCCCUUGACAUGUUGCUUUAGCUGUGCAUUGUCUCUUCGGGCGCUCUCUCUGCCUCCCUCUUGUGUUUUUUGUUACUAGUCAAGCGAUGGGUGUGUGCUCCAUUUUGCAGCAGUUCCAUGUUCUUUCAUAAUGUGACUACUCUCGCUAAGCUGGUGUGUAACAGUUUUCUGUAAAAACUCUUAAGUUUGGAUGGAAAGUAAAUGUGCUCUACUGCACUCAUUGUGUACAAUGUUGGAUGAACAUUUAUAGUUUUAGCGGUGCAGGGAAUUUAACUUACAACCUGACAAUACUGAAUGAGGUUGGUGACAGUGUUACGUGUAGUUCCUGCUUGUGUCCACACGAGGGCAACGUUUCUCUAACAUCACAGAGUCGCACACAGUCAUUUUACACCGUUAUGCCUAAUACUGUGAGAAAGGAAGGCGCAUGUUUCUGUGUUUCUCUCCUGGUCCUGACUGUAAAACUGAAGUCGAGCGGGAAUUGCGAUGAAGAUUUUUAGUUUAUUACUAAAAUGAACUCUGUGUACCAGAAACAUGACCAAGUGAAGUAAUAAA